GAGUUGGGGAGUGUGUUCGCUCCGGAGUCUGUACGCGCCGGAGAUGCCUCUUCUCCGAUCAUCUCCGUUCUUCUUUGUUCGAAGCCGCCGACCGUUCGGUACCACGUGCUCCGUUUCGGGCACUAAGAAGAAGAACAAGGAGAAGGUGAUAGUGAUAUCCGGUCCCACCGGCGCCGGAAAGAGUAGGCUUGCAUUGGAGCUGGCGAAGCGCCUCAAUGGAGAAAUUAUCAGUGCGGACUCGGUCCAGGUAUAUCAGGGUCUUGAUGUGGGAUCUGCAAAGCCUUCACUGAUGGAUCGUAAGGAAGUGCCACAUCAUUUGGUUGAUAUACUGCAUCCAUCCAAAGAUUAUUCUGUUGGACAAUUUUUUGAGGAUGCACGAGAAAAGACAAGAGACAUUCUUAGCAGUGGACGUGUCCCAAUAGUUGCUGGAGGGACUGGAUUGUACUUGCGGUGGUUCAUAUAUGGAAAACCAGAUGUUCCAAAAGCUUCUCGAGAUAUCACAUCUGAAGUAUAUUCGGAGCUCAUGGAUUUACAGAGAAACGGGGACUGGGAUGCAGCUGUGCAAUUGGUGGUCAAAGCAGGUGACUCCAAGGCCCAAUCUUUGGCUGCCAACGAUUGGUAUCGUUUACGUCGCAGCCUUGAGAUUAUUAAGUCUAGUGGGUCACCUCCAUCUGCCUUUCAUGUGCCAUAUGAUUCUUUCAGGGAACAGUCCUCAAGUCUAGAUCACUCUCAUGAUGUCAACUCCUCUUCUGAUGGAUCCAAAGAAACUAAAUCAAAGGAGUUGGAGUUUGAGUUCAUUUGUUUUUUCCUUUCCAGCCAAAGACUUGACCUCUAUAGAUCGAUUGAUCUCCGGUGUGAAGAUAUGCUUUUAGGAAGUGAUGGGAUUCUGUCUGAGGCCAGAUGGCUUCUCGAUAAUGGUCUUCUUCCAAAUUCAAAUUCUGCAACUCGAGCAAUUGGUUACAGACAGGCUAUGGAGUACCUUGUAACGUGCAGAGAGCAAGGGGGUAGGAGUUCACCCCAAGAAUUUUAUGCCUUUUUAUCUGAAUUUCAAAAAGCAUCUAGAAACUUUGCAAAAAGGCAAAUGACAUGGUUCCGUAAUGAGCUUAUUUAUCACUGGCUUGAUGCUUCUAGACCCCUGGAAAUGGUGCUUAAUUUCAUACACGAUGCAUACCACGACCAAACUGGAAAAUUGGUCGUGCCUAAAUCUCUUAGCAUGAAGAAAGAUAUGUCAAACAACCGUGAAAUUAAAGAACUUAAAGCUUACCGCACUAAAAAUAGGCAUUUCAUCAACCGUGAAGAUUGCUCUGAUAUUCUAGACUGGAUAUGGAGAACACAACAGUGAACAGAUUGAUAAGUUCAUCAAUUUUACUGGGCUAAGUUUCAACCUUGCAGAACUGGCACAUCUCCUUAGACAGAUAGAUUCAAAGGUCUAAGGUCGUUGCGUCGGUCAGCUACAAACUGAGGUCACACCAAUACAUGUCUGCAGCGAGACUCACUGCAUCUGGUGUUAAUCAUUCGUUAAGCUCGUUAUCUGAAGCCUUGUUUGAUUACUCACUGCAAUAACAGGAUUUUGCUUAUGAAAUUAGUGUAUUUAUGCGGGAUUUUAGUCUCGGUUGAGAGAGAGAUUAAGACUAAACUAGGAAAGAUUUUGGAAAAAAGGCAUGGUUUUGAGGUCUAGCUGAAGAUUGGGUGUCUUUAGUUUAGAUUUGAAGGAUUACUUUGCAACAUGUAAACAUGCUUUCUUAUUAAUCUCAUUCUCUGGGCACUUCAGAAACGAGAGUAUUGGCUCAAUUACUGUAGCAUACAUGAUACUGACAGAAAUAAACUUUAGAUAUGGUCUUCUUGUCGAAGCUA